AUGGUCUUUUCUGUUAAAUUUGACCGCUUUAAAAGUGAGCAGGAAAUAAAUCUAAAGAUUCAAAAAAUUUUAAAAUAUCGGCCAGAGUAUACAAUCCUUCGUCAGAAUGGGCAAAGAAUCUAUACCCACUUGGAUUAUAUGAACAGGGCUUGUCCCCGAAACUGUGAGGUGUUCAUCGGUAAUCUCGCAAAAACUGUUUAUGAAGACGAAUUGAUUCCACUGUUUGAAUCAGCUGGCAAUUUGUGCCAGUUUCGAUUGAUGCUAGACUUCAUGAAUAAAACUCGAGGAUUUGCUUUUGCAUCUUACUUUAAAUCUGAAGACGCUGAAAACGCAAUAAAGAUCUUAAACGGCAGGACACUAAGAUCAGGUUUGAAAAUUAUCGUUUCUAAAUCUGUCGACAAUUGCAAGCUGUUUGUAGGCAAUAUACCGACGGACAAGACUAAGGCUGAACUAUUCGAAGCUAUUAAGUCAGCAAUUGAUGGUGUUGUGGACGUAAUUAUGUAUCCUGAGAAUUUUGAUCCAAAGAAAAAUCGAGGAUUCGCGUUUAUUGAGUUUGCGACACAUAAACAAGCUAGCCUGGCUAGAAGGCAGUUGACGCCGCAUAACCUCAUCCUUUGGAAUCGAGAAUUGUAUGUUAAUUGGUCAGAACCUAUUCCAGACGUUGAUCCUGAAACAAUGGCAAACGUGACCAAUUUAUAUUUAAGUAACAUACCCUCUGAAGAUCAUUCUACCGGCGCCAAAUGGAAUUAA